AUGGAAAAGAAAUAUAUUUUGGCGUUGACAAAAGAACCAGUGGACCUUUCGGCCUUUCCAGAGGCCCGCGUGGGUCCUCCUGGUUCGCCGCCGCCGCCGUCCAUUGGUCAAGUUGUACUGCCGCGUCUGGCGCGGCGUCUGUGCGAGGAGUUUCCGGAAUUUGAAGUUCUUCCGGGCUGCAACAAAGAAGACUUCGAAAGCAAAAUAGAAAUGACGCAAAAGGCCGAGGUCCUGGUGCUGCUCGACGCCCCCCCCGCGCUGCUGGAGGCCGUGGUCCCGCUGUGCCCGCGGCUGCAGUGGGUGCACAGCUGUUUGGCUGGAGUUGAGGGUUUGUGUGGGGCUUUGCAGCGGCUGCAUGCGCAGGUGACCACUGGUCAGACCACUGGUCCCCCGCGCAUGCAGCAGCAGCUGCUGGUCACCAACGCCCGCGGGGUCUUCUCCUCAGCCCUCAAGGAGUACGCCCUCGCAGCCAUGCUGCACUUCGCGAAGCAAAUCCCCCGGCUGCAGCAGCAGCAGCAAACUUGCUGCUGGGCCCCCUUCGUAAUGGCCGAGCUCAGGGGCAGCACUGUGGGCUUCGUCGGCUACGGGGACAUUGCCAAACAAAUCGCCGGCGCAUGCAAAUUUCUGGGCAUGCGCUGCAUCGCCUUGAGAAGAGAUGCAACAAAGAAAUGCGAACUGCUGGAAGCUGUUUAUGAAGCUGGCAGCAAGGACGAGCUAGAGGUGUACAGACAGUCGGACUUCGUGGUGUGCACGCUGCCCGCCACCGCAGCAACUUGCUGCUGCAUCACAAAAGCACAUUUUGCUGCUAUGAAGAAAACUGCUGUUUUCAUUUCCCUCGGCAGGGGACAAGUCCUCGACGAGGAAGCUUUGCUGCAGGCGCUGCGGAGCGGGUCAAUUGGGGGCGCAGCACUGGAUGUGUUUCAGCAAGAGCCUCUUGCUGCUGCUGCUGCUGUUUGGUCUUGUCCUAAUUUGCUGCUGUCACCCCACAACGCAGACUGGCUCGAAAACUACAGCAGCAGCAGCAGCACGCGUGUCUUCUUAGAAAACCUCAAGUGCUUCUUGAGGGGCCCCCGGGGGCCCCAAGACAUGAGCACUCCAGUGGACUGCAGCAGGGGCUACUGA